AUGGCGUCGUUGGUAGACCUCUCGCUAGUCGGAGUGGCCUGCGCGCAUGUGCUUCUUGCCCCGUACUCCAAGGUCGAAGAGUCGUUCUCGCUACACGCCACGCACGAUGCGCUCCUUUACGGCGUUAGACCAUCUAGUCUGCUCAACUAUGAUCAUUUCGUGUUUCCUGGUGCGGUACCGAGAAGCUUCGUAGGCAGCAUGUUGCUUGCCUGGUCAACUACACCUGUUUUGCGACUCUCCAACUUUUUUGGUAUCCUAUCCAAUAAACUUGAUCUUCAGAUCAUCUGUAGGUUAACGCUCGCCGUUCUCAAUGCGAUCUCGUUGGCUGUCCUACGGCGAAUAGUCUCGAAGCGCUUCGGGUUUCCGACGUCCCUUCUCUUCGCUCUCUUUACCUGCACUCAGUUUCAUCUGCCAUUCUGGAUGGGCAGGACUUUACCCAACAUGUUCGCUCUCCUACCUGUUAAUAUAGCGCAUGCUGCCUUGCUCAAUCGUACCCCUAGCGCCUUGAAGCCUUCUGCUCGAAAGGUUCACGUCGCCAUUGCAUGGCUAACCUUCACGGCUGUGGUCCUCCGUGCUGAAGUGGCCGGGCUGCUCAUUCCUCUCAUCCUCCAAGCCUUGAUCGCGGGGUGGAGCGACAUGAGACGCGUGUUCAAAGUGGGUAUGAUUGCUGGACUAGGAUCGUUGGCGCUGACUCUCAUCGUCGAUUCCUACUUUUGGCAAUCGGUUCCGUUGUGGCCUGAGCUUGCAGGGCUGUAUUUCAACGUAUACCAGGGCAAAUCCGCCGACUGGGGUGUCUCCCCUUUCCAUACGUAUUUCACCGCCCACCUUCCAAAACUACUACUGUCUGCCUUCCCACUCGCUCUGUUAGGUCUAGCUAUCGAUCAUCGCGUUCGCCAGCUUCUCCUGCCAUCGAUAUGCUUUGUCUUCCUCAUCAGCGGCCUCGGUCACAAGGAAUGGAGAUUUGUUGUAUACGUUGUGCCUCCGUUCAAUAUUGCUGCUGCACGUGGCGCUCGGGCUUUAAUGUCACUCCGCAAGUCAGCAUUCAUAGGGCGACUCGCCGUGCUUGCCGUGGCAGGCUGUGUAGCGCUGAACGUGCUGAUCACGGUCAUGCUAUCUCGGGCAUCAAUCGCGAACUAUCCCGGCGGGGAAGCGAUAUCCGUGUUCAAUGAUAUCUAUGCCAAUAGGACGAACGUUCACGUGCAUAUAUCGAACCUGGCCGCCCAGACCGGCGCUUCGUUGUUCACGCAAGUCCAUGCGCCCCCCUUGCACGGUUUCAUAUCCCCUAGGCUACAAGACAAGGGAUGGGUGUAUAAUAAAACCGAGGGCCUCACACCACGCGACUUGAGCGACUCGAAGCAUUUCACGCACCUCAUUGCCGAAUCAUCGGGUCAGGAUUGGAACGCUGUCUACAGCUCUCGCAGUUGGACCUUGGUCCGGACCAUCGAAGCAUUCGACGGAUGGAAGCUCGACAGGAGCGCUGUCCAAGCUAUCAAAGACGAGAAGGACGUGAUGGGCUUGCUCAGGCUUCGGGACGCGAUCAGUAUGCAGAAGGCUGACAAGUUAUGGAUAUUGGAAAGAAACGGCUAGGCAGGGCACCUUCCCCAUGUUUUGUACCUGGCUUCUACAUUUUUGUUACGUGACAUAUCUGACCGUCGGAGACAUAUUAACCCAGAAGCCCCUGUCUUGCCUCUGCGUCUGCCCUCCUCUCCUCUUCCCCUUGACCCACUGUCCUCUUCCACAAGUGAGUAGCUUGAGCGAACGUAUGUACGAGCGCCUGAGCUACCUUCCCGACCACCCAAUCUUUCGUGCGCCAAAUAAUGUGAGGCCGGGAGUCCACGCGAUCGCUUCUUAUGCGAUGCUCGUUGUCGACCACAACGCUCAUGCAAAGGAGGGUGGUUACAAUGGCGGCGAGUGCAGUCGAAGACGAGAUCAUGAAGAUAAUAAUCAUCUGCAAUCGGGCAGCUUGGGCCACGGAGGAACCGCCGAGGAUAGCACCGGUCAUCAUCCCGGGGAUGGCGAUUAUUCCCAAUACGGACAUCUGAUUGAUAUUCGGCGUGAGCGCGAGCCGGAGGGCCUCUGUUGCGACUGGACGGCAUGCCUCUAUACGCGAGGCGCCAAAAGCAAGGUACGUCUCGAUUUUGUCGCGGUUAUCAUGGAGCUCACGCAGCACGAAUGAAAUGGCCACGACGAUACCAGAGAUGGUGCUGCCGCAAAGCAUGCCAACGAUAGGUACAUAUCGCGCAGGCUGCCAGAAUGGAUCUACAGACAUGGCAAACCGGGUGCCGAUGACUGAGAUAGGGAUAGUGGAACAAAGCAUGCCCGCCAGCACUGUUGGAAACAUAUAGUCAUAGCGACGUUUGGACUUAUUUACGACAGUCUCAAAGGUCCCCAUCACAUUCAACAAUCCCACCAGCCCUGCAACAGCCCAAGGAUUGUCGGUUUCGAACACCUUCUGGAGCAAAAGAGCCAUGAUCGACAGCUGGGCGACGCAUCGGACCGCAGCGGUGACAAGAGCGUAUCCUACACCCAAACUGAAUGCAGCUGAAAAUAUGGCGUCGAACGCGAUGAACGCAAGCCCGAGACCAAUGUUGCCCCAUGUAAGAACGGGCUGUGUGCCACCGGAGGUAGGAUCGUCCAUAGAUGUUCGUCACGCAGAACACGGCGCCAGGACGUUCUUGUGCCGAAUCGAACACAGAGAUCUCUGCAGUCGGUCCUCGGCGACGGCCUGUGUAUGCAGUUGUGUCGAGACCUCCAGCGGCCCGCUUUCCC